AUGGGCUUCAACCCCACCACCACUAUUUUGCUUGUUGCUCUCCUACUCGUCGUCUUGCCGGCGAGGGUAGAAGCAUUUGGAGCUGGAAAUAUUGCUUCUGUUUCAGCCGUCGAAGGCAAGAAUUGGCGUCAUGGAGAUAUCGAAGAUGUCAUCAAGACCCUUGCAUUCAUCAAAGGCCAUAAAUGGACCGCCAAUAUGGUGAAGAGGGUCUAUUUUGGUAACUGGUUAAGAGAUUACUCGCAAGCUGUCGAUGUCGGGACUCUGAAGAAUGUUCCCGCUGACAGUGUCCGUGUUCUUGUAUGGGUCUUGUCUUUUAUGACUUUUGGAUAUGCUACGGCAGAGUUUGAAGUUACCUCUGAGAGGCUUGGAGUGUAUCGACCAGAAGAGCACAUUGAUAAUCCAAAGGGAUACGCAGACGAUGCAGAUGCAAGACAGUAUGAUCCACGUUUACGCGGACCUGUCCAACGAGUCGAGCUUGAAAUCGACCAUGAAACUGGUAUGAAAAAUUACAUUGCCAAUGAACGAGGCAAUUGGGCUACGAGUGCUGGCUAUGUCAAGUACAGCUUCUCCCGUAGCAUCCACUUUGCUCGACAGUACAUCAAUGGAGGCCACCUACGCAGGGGUAAAGAUGAAGACCUGUACGAAGCUCUGCGCUGUCUGGGCCAAGGCUUGCAUACUCUUGAGGACUUUGGUGCUCAUACGAAUUACUGCGAACUAGCUCUGCGCGAGAUGGGCAUGCUCAAUGUCUUCCCUCACACGGGAACAAACACGAUGAUGAACAUCAAAGGAAAACACAUCUUCCCAUUAGUAACAGGUACUUUUGGAAUGGUGGAUUUCCUCCACUCAGUGCUGGGUGAAGCCUCGGACCAUGUUACGCAAUCUGAGAUCAGCGAGUUGGACACUACACUUGAGAAUGCAGAGGUGGGCGGUGCUACCACAGGCUCAGUGAACGCCCUGACAAGCUUGCUGUCCAAGGUCCCUGGCAUGGGUGAUUUGAUUGCUGAAGCUGAGAAGCUGAAGGCUAGCUCGCAAGCCCAGGCUCAGGCAAACAGCAAUGCAGGCUACGGAUACGGAGGUGCCUCUAGAGGUCUCGACGACGGACAGACACAGGCGUAUAGUGCAACGGGGGGAUAUGAUCAGACAUCUCGGGCUGGGCCGGGAGGAUUGCCCAGUGUCGACCCACAGAAGGUUAUUUCCCAAAUAUAUCCGAUUCUUGUCUUCAGAGACAAUGUCGUGAGGAGAAUCUCUUCUGUUGUAUCGAAGAUUCCUGGCCUCGAGUCCCUUGUCGAAAAGAUUACAGAUACGCUCAGCGUGUUUAUCUUUUCGUUGCUGUCUCCCUUCGUCAGACCUCUUAUCAAAGUAGCAACGUCACAACUGCAAACUGGGUCAUCUGGAGUUAUCAGCACCUCCGAACAGCAUCAGUACGAACCAUGGACGGAUCCAAACUGUACUGAUCCAACUCACUCCCUGCUUUCAAAGGAUCACUUCUCCAACAUCCUUAAUGAGCCCGCUGGACAUGUUGCGGCCGCCAUUCUCAAAUAUGUAGUGCCUCGAGUGUUAUAUGCAUGGCAGCACGUCGAUAUCCCAGUCGAUGAUGUCCUCGCGGAUUGUAUGAGGGUAUUUCACCACCCAGCGCUUCGAGACAUGAACAACGAAGCUCAUCGGACGAUGUUUGAGGCUGUACAGAACUGGGCUCGCUCGAGACGUGAUGGUGGUGCCAGUCUAGAUACGAUCUUGAACGCACAGAGCGUGAGAGAAGGCAAAAACCAUACUGGCGGCAACCCCCAUCUGCAAGGGGGUGGUCACGGACAUGGAUCUGGGCAUGGAUCUGGGCACGGAUAUGGUCAGCAGCCAAUGCAUGGAGGGGCCCAUGGCUAUCAGCCGCCAUAUCAACAGCAACAGCAACAUCAAAGCUACAACUCACCUCACUAUGGCCAGCAGUCGUACCCUCAUCAGGGUGGUGGCAGUUCUCAUCAUAGCAGUAAUCCACUAUCAAACAUACCGGGCCUGUCAGCCCUGGCAGGUCUUGCUGGCAAUUCUUCACACCACGGGGCAGGCCACUCAAACGCAGGGUCUGCAGCAUCAUCUAUUCCAUGGGAUAAGCUGUCUCAUCUGCCCAUCCCAGGCGCAUCCAAUUUAGGCAAAAUAGGAGGAUUCUUAUCAGGAUCAGGGGGCCGAACAAGGGACCUAGGUGAUGAGACCAGUAGGGGUAUCGCACCAGAGGAGCAUCCAGCAUCACGAAGCACAACACCUCAACCUGAUAUGCCACCACCAGCUGGCUACGAACACUAUCACCAGCAGAGAGAAGGUAAUCCAGUAUAUGAACCACCGAGCGAGGGUGCCCACACAUACGAUUACUACUAUGGUCCAGGCCACAACAGCGGCUACGGCCAUUCGCAUCAGUACUAG